CUUCCGGUUCUUGGAAGCAGUGAAGUGUUCAUUUUGGAUCCGGAUGGUGAGAAUUUCGUUGUGAAGCAAGUAUACCGCUAUCUUCUGGAAACUCCGAUAAUUUUUGAGACUUUUGGAAUAUGGAAAGCAAAUGAAGGAGUUCUAGAGGAUCUUAGGAGCACAUCAAUCACAUCCAGAAGGCGUCAGAAUACCCAGAGAGCUCUUUUAAAAGCUAGCAUGGUGAUUACUCACAACGAUACCAUCAAUCAUUUAUCCGACUAUAGAGACAAGCACAUUGAUACGAUCACAAAGGUCAACUACAUCCUGACCAAUCACUUGAUUGACUACGUGAAUGCAACUGUUGAGUACUCAAUUGUAUCAACAUGGGGAUACUUCAAUGGAAGCGCUUGGGAUGGGAUGAUUGGGGAAUUGGAUAGGAAUCUGGCUCAUUUGGGAGCAUCUCCCCUUUUCUACACAAUUGAUCGGAUUCCAGUGAUUCAGUACAUUGCAAUGACAACUCCCACGCGUUCUAAAUUCGUCUUUCGCUCCCCAAAACUCUCCUUCACGGACAAUGUCUUUAUCUUGCCCUUUGAAACCCUGGUAUGGUAUUCUUUGAUCGGUUUAAUGGUCAUUCUCAUUCUCUUCCUUACCCUGGCCACGGCUAUUGAGUGGAGAGCUGCACCCUCGCGUCCCCAGGACAAUUUGACUCUCCGUCCACAAAUUACAGAAGCUUUCAUCCUGGUUUUUGGAGCUAGUUGCCAGCAAGGCUGUGCCCAAACCCCUCGUGGAUUCUCCACCAAAUGCAUAACUCUCCUGACAUUUGUCGCCCUCAUGUUCCUCUAUACCAGUUACUCAGCCAAUAUUGUUGCUCUCCUACAAUCUCCCUCCACAAAGAUCAAGACACUAUCCGAUCUCCUGGCAUCUCGAUUAAAAUUCGGCGUAGAUGAUACGGUUUUCAAUCGGUACUACUUCACCCAUCAAACUGAACCCACGAGAAAAGCCAUUUACGAGCAAAAAAUCCUCCAAAAAGGAACAAAUCCUGCAUUUAUGCCUCUUGAAAAGGGAGUCAGCCUCCUCCGGGGUGGACUCUUUGCCUUUCACAUGGAAACAGGAGUUGGAUACAAGGUGGUUACAGAAACAUUCUUCGAGAACGAGAAAUGCGACCUACAGGAAAUUCAAUUUUACGAGCUUAUCGAUCCCUGGUAUGCCAUCCAGAAGAACUCCUCCUUCAAGGAGGUCUUCAAGAUUGGACUUUUCCGGAUGCAGGAGCACGGACUGCAAGAGCGCGAGAAUUCAUUGUUGUACACUAAAAAACCCCGAUGCCAGGGAGUGGGUGGGAAUUUCAUCACCGUGAGCCUUGUGGACAUUCAACCGGCAAUGUUAAUCCUCGCAUGGGGAAUAGUGAUUAGUCUAGGAGUUUUUGGCAUAGAAUUCGGCUUAGAAAAGCUCACUAAAAAGCUUAAGAUUUCAAUGAAAUGUUGCAAAAAGUAAUAAGUUUUUAAAUAAUUGUUUUAAUUUAAUGGAAAAAUACCAGUUCAAAAUACAUGAUUUUCUUCAAGACGAGAAGGAAGAUUUCUCUGAAGAUCACUUACCAAUCGCUGAUUUCAGUGAUUGUGGCUUUUCAGAAAAUCUUUGCGCGUUAUAAUUCCCACAACUUCAUUAUUAACACUGACAACUGGCAAAUGACGAAGCCCCAGAGCACGGAAUAGUUGAAAAAUCCUAGGCACUGAAGUAUCCUGUGAAAAUGUAAAGAAAAAU